GACAACGAUUCAAAAACGAGAAAAUACGGAUCGAAGAUCGACUGUUUUACCUGCCGCCUGAAGGCCAUUUUUCAGUACCUGGUGGGAAAGCCUAUCCGUAUGAGCGCGACCAAGUUCACGGCGCCGCUGAAAAUGAUCGCGCCUGACGCCGAGCCGUGCCAGGAUUUCUUCAAGUUUGCCUGCGGGAGGUAUCUACAGGACAAACCGCUCAAGCGAUUCGACUACAUGACGGGCACCACGGUCGAUUUGGACGAUCGUAUCAAGAACACGAUCACCGACUUCCUGGAUCGAGUCCCCGCGAACAAAACGGCUACCGGAGCUGACCGGAAGGUGUACAAGACGUACAAAAUGUGUCUGGACACAGAGACAACUGGAUUUGGCCAGCUUCGCGAAAUCCUGAAGGCUGUCGGCGGCCCCCCAUUUUCUGGGAAACCUCGCCCGAGCCUGAACGACACGAUUCGCUUGACGGGUGGUGAUGCGACGCCCUUCUUCCAAUUCAUCGCCGGCGGCGUCAUGGGCCAAGCGGUUGUCGCGAACUUCAGACGCAUCGCCUGGAAGCUGCCGGUGCAGCUGAUCACGCAGAAACUGCUCGUCGAGGAGCUCCGAGCAGAAAACCAACUCCGAACAGACCAGAGCCCAUGGCUAUUUUGGUAUUACGAAAUCGAUGCCUUGUCGAAUCUCAUGCUGCCCACCUGGAUCAAGGCUCGAUACCCGGCCCACGAGCUGCCCGAGAAGCUCCAAAUCUUCCACAACAACUAUUUUGAGAAGCUGAACAAGCUGGUCGGCGAGUACCCGGAGGAGGCGGUCGAAGCGGUGAUUGCCGAGCUGGUGCUCAACCGGAUUCACGAGAUUGGCGACAAGUACGAAGAGAUCUACAAGAAAUGGAUGUCAAGGAAGACCGACAAGAAAAAGUAUUGCGCCGGAAAGAUGGUAGCUGAACAUCCCCGAUGGACCGACGCGCUGUCGUUGGAGCGCAUCUACAAGAAGCGCGACUUGGACAGCAUACCGAAGCUGAUGGACAAGGUGCGCGUGGCGUUCCGUGAGAUCAUCCACGAAAGUCCGUGGGCCGAUCCGCCCACCCAAGAGGUGGCCAUCGAAAAGGUCAACAACAUCUCGAUGCACGUGGGGUAUGCGCACGUCGUGUGGUCAAGGAGCAGGGUGGAGCAGUACUACGAGGGGUAUACCCCGGCCGACGCACCCGACUGGGCCACGUUUCGCGAAAAGCGCAAGCGGUGGACCGGCUUCAAGCAAUUCAAUGAUUCACUCGCCUCGACAAAUGCCGUCGUGAACGCCUUGAACACCUACGAUAAAAUUCGGAUCCUGUGGGGACUCCUGGCCCCGCCCCUCUACUCGUCCACCGACGCCCUGGAGAUGAUCUACGGCGGCGUCGGGUUCACCAUCGGCCACGAGCUCGGGCACACCAUCGACCCGAAUAGUAUCGACCGUUCGCCUCCGGUGCUCAUCGGCGCCGAGGACGCCGAGCAGUUCGAGGAACAAGUCGAAUGCAUCCAACACCAAUAUGGCAAUCAGACGCUCCCGCUGAACACCCUAGACGACGUCUUCAGACAACCCGGAGACCUGACCCAUGGGGAGACGGUGGCUGACAAUGUCGGGUUGAGGUCGAGCUUUAGGGCCUACCGCAAGGAGCGCCAGCGCGUUUACGGCAAAAAGGAGAAGAGGCUCCCCGGACUCGAAAGCUACACCCCUGACCAGCUCUACUUUAUCGCUGCGGCCAUGUUCUGGUGUGGCGAGGCCAGCGAUGAUCGUCUAGUCGGUGCCCUCGAAAAUGUGCACCCGCCCGGCGUUUUUCGUGUCAAUGAGAUGAUGAAAAACUCGAACGAAUUUGCUCGCGCCUACAAGUGCCCGCUGAACUCGCCGAUGAACCCGGCGAAGAAGUGCCGCGUGUGGCGUCACAAGAAGAGACAC